AGCAAACUUAUAAACCAGUGCAAAGCAAUUCCUUUCUUCCCUACUUGACUUUCUUAGCUGACAAGCUUAGAAUCCGUCUCCCUUAUAUAUAAAUCACCCAUGUCAAAGCCUGCAAAGCAUAAAAGUUUCUAUCGCAACCAUGUCGACCUAUGAUUCAUCAUCAGAUUCUGACGAACAUCCAGCGACCUCUAUAAAACUCUUCGGUAGACAAAGACCUCUACACGCCAUUCUUGGAGGAGGAAGAGCCGCGGACGUUUUGUUAUGGAGGAACAAGAAAAUAUCAGCUGCAGUCUUGAUUGGAGUCACGUCGGCAUGGUUUCUUUUUGAGGUUGUUGAGUAUAACCUUAUUACACUUUUAUGUUACCUCUGCAUCACCACCAUGAUAUUUGUCUUUGCUUGGUGCAACGUUGCACACAUCUUCUUGAGUCGUCCUCCAGAGAUUCAUAUCAAUGAGCUCAUAUCGGAGUCCAGAACCAAAGAAAUCGCUUUGAUCUUCCGCACAAAACUCAACAGUUUCUUGUCAAUCCUCUAUGAUAUUGCAAGAGGGAAAGAUAUAAAACUAUUUAUUUUGUUCAUUGCCUUCCUUUGGAUAGUCUCUGCACUUGGGACCUAUUUCAGCACUCUGAAUCUUCUUUAUCUUGGCUUCCUAUGCAUUCAAACACUGCCUGCUUUGUACGAGCGUUAUGAACAUGAUGUGGAUCAAUUUGCUAGCAAGGGGAACCGAGACAUGAAGAAAUUCUAUCAGAAACUUGACUCCAAAGUUCUUAUCAAGAUUCCAAGAAGACCAGUCAAGAAAAAUUAAAUCAAUUAAACCUUUUAGUGCGUGUUUGGAAAUGAUUGUUCAAAAAUUGUUACACAAGUUUUACGAUUGUUCUUGCAAGAUCUGAAGAUGUUCCAUGAAAAUCUGGUGUGGAGUCUCUGUUAUUAUUCAUUCUUAGGAAAUCACCAUCUGCAUAUAUACCUUUUUCCUUUCCUUGAAUGUACAUAUUGAUGUAAUAAUAAAGAAAUUUAUGAUUUAUGACCAGAACUUGGAAUCAACUACAAUUUGAGAGAGGAGCAAAGAAUUUCCAGUUCCUAGACCGGUUUGUUAUUUCCAAUUCCAAGGGGAUAUGAUUUAGCUUAUGGUGGACCAUGAAUAUCAAUUUUCUCAAAGAAGAUGGUGUAAUUAGAGUUAAUAACACCUCACAAGUAAAGCACAAAAAAAACCCUUGCAGGGUAGCUAAAACUUCUCAGUGAUCACACUGGGUAAUUCACCAAGAUGCUCUCAAGUCAGCAGUAUCUUAGUAUAUUUCUUUCUGUCAGAUUUGUGGAAUUGCUCUGCAACCUUAAUUUUGCUAAAUAUCUUGUUCAAAACUAUCCACUGCAUCUCAGUAGUCACUUGGACAUGAAUGAUUCACUUAUUUCAGCCAGAAAGAUGGUCUACUGUACAGAAGUCCCUUCCAGACUGCUGUCAAUUAAGACUUAAUAACCUCAAAAAUACAUAUUUUUUAUUUUUUUAAUCUAA